AUGACCAACCGCCUGCCCUUGUCUGCCUUUAUCAUUGCCAGGAACGAAGCCGACCGCAUUUCCCGGCCAAUCCGAAGCGUGAUCGACUGGGUGGACGAGGUUAUCGUCAUCGAUAGCGGAUCGACGGACGACACGAUCGCCGUUGCCGAGAAGCUCGGCGCCAGGAUCGUCCACAAGGACUGGCAGGGCUACGGACCGCAAAAGCGGUGCGGUGAAGACCAGUGCCGCAACGACUGGCUGUUGAACCUUGAUGCCGAUGAAGAGGUUACCGAAGACCUCGCCACCGAGAUCCGUGCAAAGUUUUCCGACAACAGCUAUCGCGAUGCCGAUGGCUGGCGCAUCAUGAUCCGGGACAUGUAUGCCCACGAAACGGAACCGGCGCCGUGGGCUUACGGUUAUAACCAGAUCCGGCUAUACGACCGGCGCAAGGGCCGGUUUUCAGAUUCAAGCGUCCAUGACACGGUACGCCCGGUUGACGGCGCGACGAUUGCAAAUCUUUCCGGCAUCAUGGCCCACCGCUCGAUCCGCUCGCUCGACUUUCAGGUGUGCAAAUACAACCGGUAUUCCGGCAUGCAGGUAGAAGACAUGCGCACGCGCGGCCGCAAACUGCCCCGUUCCCGUUUGCUUACCGAAUUUCCAGUCAGCUUUUUCAAGGCCUAUUUCGUCCGCAAGUACCGCAAGUACGGCUGGUGGGGCUUCAUUCUGUCCAUGAACUAUGCCCACGCCCGGUUCCUGCGCGUCGCGAAGGCCUAUGAGGCGGAACUGCUUGCCGGGAAACAACGAUAG